AUUAUUGUCGAGAUAUCAGUUGCUUGUAAUCUUAUUCAUAAAACAAAAUAGGUUAUUUCAACAAGGCCUUUUCCAAUAAUUUGACUUUUGUUGUUAAUAAAAAGGAAUGACAUAAAAAAAAAUCGUUUACAUUGACUUUGAUUGAUGACUUAUGGUCGUCACAAACUAUUCACGUUAAUAAAUGGAAGCUGCAUGAUGUGAAACUCAAAUCAACGAAGUCGAAAAAAACACCAUGUCUUCUCUGAUCUCUUUUAUCUUCCUUUUCCUUUUCUCAUUCCUCACUAGCUUCAAAGCUUCCGCUCAAGAUCCUUUUUACUUAAAUCAUUAUUGUCCAAAUACGACAACUUACUCAAGAUUCAGCACUUACUCCACCAAUCUCAGAACCCUUUUGUCCUCUUUUGCUUCCCGCAACGCCUCUUACUCCACCGGAUUCCAGAACGUCACGGUGGGACAAACCCCCGACCUGGUCACCGGACUUUUCCUCUGCCGCGGAGACCUCUCGCCGGAAGUUUGCAGUAACUGCGUUGCCUUCUCCGUUGACGAAGCGUUAACUAGGUGUCCAAGUCAGAGAGAAGCUGUGUUCUAUUACGAGGAGUGUAUACUCAGAUACUCUGACAAGAAUAUUCUAUCGACGGCCAUUACAAACGAAGGAGAAUUUAUCUUGAGUAACACCAACACUAUUUCUCCUAAUCAAAGUCAAAUAAACCAGUUUAUAGUUUUGGUGCAAUCUAAUAUGAACCAAGCUGCCAUGGAAGCAGCCAACAGUUCUAGAAAAUUCUCUACGAUAAAGACCGAAUUGACCGAACUCCAGACUUUGUACGGGCUUGUUCAAUGCACUCCUGAUCUUACAAGUCAAGACUGUUUGAGAUGUCUGACAAGAUCCAUCAAUAGAAUGCCACUUUCUAGAAUUGGAGCAAGACAGUUUUGGCCAAGUUGUAAUUCAAGGUACGAGCUUUACUCGUUCUACAACGAAACUACCAUUGGAACACCAUCUCCACCACCACCACCGUCGCCAAGCAGAGCAAAUUGAUGUGCUGCUUUUUACGUCGAAGUUUUGGCCAAGUUGUAAUUCGUUUUGCUCUGCUUUACAAAUUGACGUGUUGCUUUUUCUCUGCGUUUAAAAUUGGUAUCAUCGAAAUAAAGUAACUCAGUUUCUUACAAUCAAAGAGAUAAGGAUUGUGAAGCAGCUAAUGAGUCUUCUUAUUUUGUCUUUACUUCAGUCUUCUCGUCUUUGAUAGUGAAUUGCUCAUCUAGCUUUCUUAAUCUUAGACUUGGUCAAUGUUUUGGCUUUUCUCAUACUAAACCAAUUAAUACAUAAAAUAUUUAAUUUAUUUUCUAUUACAAUUAUCUAGAUAUUUUUAGCUACACGUGAUUGAAACGUGUCUCAAGCUACACCAACGCUCUUCCUCACAAACUGAAUUCGUCGUCGAUAGUGGUUGCUCUUGCUAUCUUGAUGUUUACUUCGUCUGAUCGUUGAACUGGCCCGCUGCAACAUUCUGAGUGUUCCAAGUGAUUAUUCUAGUUGUGCGUAACACCGUAACAGUAAAAAUGAGCUAAGGAAAGCGAGAUGCAAGGGAGAACCAACAGAAGCAUAAGUUUUUCCUCUGUUAUUACUAAUGGAAAAAAACUUUCUUUUUCAUUUUCUAAUUCCUUGUCAGAUUUCUCAGCUUCUCUUCUUUUUGUUUUGUGUAAGACUUGGUCGGAGUCUUAGAUUACGCUGAUGAUUAAAAACUACUAAAAAAGAAAAAAAAAAGAAUAUUACGCAAAUGUUCUCGAUGCAUUGACCAAGUCCUCUUCUGGUUCUGGCUCCAUUUUCACAUGCAG